GGGCUUCAUCCUGGUCUACAGCCUGGUCAACCAGCAGAGCUUCCAGGACAUCAAGCCCAUGCGGGACCAGAUCAUCCGCGUGAAGCGGUAUGAGAAGGUGCCAGUCAUCCUGGUGGGGAACAAGGUGGACCUGGAGAGUGAGAGAGAAGUGUCCUCCAAUGAAGGCCGCGCCUUGGCCGAAGAGUGGGGCUGCCCCUUUAUGGAGACUUCUGCUAAGAGUAAAACCAUGGUGGACGAACUCUUUGCAGAAAUUGUGAGGCAGAUGAACUAUGCCGCUCAGCCUGACAAGGACGACCCAUGCUGUUCUGCCUGUAACAUACAAUAGCACCGACAUGGCUGUCCCGGACAGGACGCGUCUAGACUCGUAGGCCCCAGUAACCUGUCUACUCCGUCGCAGAUUGUAGGAUGGGUGGUGUGAGUCCACAGUGCACCGCAGCCCUCGGGCUGAUGGUCAGGUGACGCCUCUGAGUCCCUGUGGGUCCAGUGACUGCAGUCUCCACCACUGUCCUCAGUCUUCUGUGCAUCUGCAACCUGAAGGCACACCAUUGAGCUACAGGGUGAUCUCACUUGAAGUGAUGAUGGUAUUGCCACUGAGUUAGCAGAGGCCGCUGUUGUGUUAAUUAAAAAUAAUCAGGAGAGAAAAACCAGAUGAAUUCCUAUAACCACUAACAAUUAAAAUAUUUUGUUGUCUUUAAAAAAAAAAAGUAAAGGAGAAAUAUUUUCCUACAAGAGUGCUGAAGUCAUGAGUUGAUGGACCUUCCAGCCGGUGUAUCCCACCAGGUGAACAGCUGGCCUGCCAGCAGCCCUGCAGGGAGAGUCUGCUCAGCCGACACACUUCUGUUGUUCAAAAUGAUGCUUAAUUGUAGGUGUUUUCCUAAUUUGUGACAUGAAAUCCACUCACCUAUCAAUCCUCAGUAGAGUAAAAGUCAGAACAAGGUUGUAUGAAAUCCAAUCUGGCUUUAGAAUUUGUUGAAUCACCUGCUUUGCCACAGGAAAUAGCCUCUCAUGAGGGCUCAUGAGAGUUGAAAGUGCACACCCACCCUCUCUUAACGGAGCAGGGAUGGUCUAUUUACUGAGCAAAAAGGAAGCAACUGAGAUGGAGAGGUUGCCUAGCCUUACUAACGAGUCGAUUAACCAGUACCAUCGUGGAAGGAAAAUGAAGCCAUGUUACAUCCACACGUUCCCGUUUGCAGACCCUCACAGGACAGGACAGAUAUUUGACAUUGUGUGUGUGUGUGUUCAUGAAAGCAGCCUUUAAGGGCUGUGGUUGCAAUGUGACCCUUGGCUCACCUGCUUUGGAAAUCCAAUUUGCUGUAACAGAGCUUUAUUGUAGGCAUAAAACAAAACAAAAACAGAUUGAGUAAUCUGUGAAGUAAUUUGGGCUUAAAAGUAGAAUAUAAAUUACUAUAGAGUGCAAUGGAAGGGGACGGAACCUUUUCAUCUCCCUUCCCUGGAGGACCAUGGAAGGGCUUCUUGUAGCUGUUCUGCCCUGAUUACUGAAGUGGCACAUACGUCUAGACUGAAGCUUUUGUUCUAAAAGGGUGCUGAAGCUCAGCAUGUUUGGUUUCCAUAGCCGUGGAGCGUUUAUCAUUUGCAUGAGUAAUGGCACAGGAGAACCCUAUCCAGGAGUUUCAUGGUCGGUGUGGAAGAGGUAAGUGCUGGGGAACGCCUGAGCCCGCCUGAGACCAGUUAGGCCUUCCGGAUCAGUGCCGCUGAGCCCGGACACACUUGGCACCCACACCUUCCUGGCUCCACAGUCUUGUGCAAGUAACCGCUUAGUCUUAUGUGUGUAACUGAGAGAAGAGUGUGUGUUUGUGUGUGCAUGUGUGUUUAUUCCUAAGAAUUUGGCACAAUUCAGAGAUCAUUGCCUCUACUGAGAAUCUAUACUACAGAACAUAAUGUAUAAGGAAACGUUUUUAAAUUAUUAGUCUCUUAUAAGCCAUUAACUCCCCCCCCCACCCCCCGCAAGUGUUUUAGUAACUGGCUUUAAGCUUAGAAGAUAGAGGGAAAAAAAGGUCAAUGGUGUUUGUCAUAUGUGAGAAAAACAAAUAAAUAAACAAAUAAUGUGGGUGAAACCAGGUUGUGGUGUUAGGGAGUCAUAUGUGAGAAAAACAAAUAAAUAAACAAGUUAUGUGGGUGAAACCAGGUCGUGGUGUUAGGGAGUCUGAAUGUUUUUAUCUUCACUGUCAUUUUCUCCAGUUAGGAGGCACUGCAUUCAUAGGGCAAAAAGUUCUAACCAGUUUUCUUGGAACAAAGUUCAUUAUAUGAAAGCUAAUUUGACUCAGACAUAUCGAGAAAUCAGAUUCAAGGAGUGUGUUUUAUCUACUGAAAUAGAAAUGGUAGUGCAUUGGCCUGAGGCCUCUAACUUGUGAGACUAAUUCUGAUUGUUAAACUCCCAUAAGGAAUAGCAGGUUGUGAUAUUGCACAUUCGAAGCAGCUGUCCCGGUUCACGGUUUCACACCAUGGAUGGCCAUGGAGACAGGAAAAGGGUCACGUGUGAGAAGCCUGGCAGGGGGUGAGGUGGAAGUGUCUGCCAUACCUUCAGGCGGCUUUCCUGGGAGGCUACGGUUCCUAAGGCCUGGUGUUUGCGCCGGUCCUUCAUAGUGCCCAGGCGUCACUUCCCCACCACAGACUCUGCCAUGCCCUCCUCUGCUCCUCUGGUGUGAACCUGACUGCUGUGCAUGAUGUUUGCCAGGAUGGGAAUCACAGCCCAGGGACAGGAACACGACACUUGGCACAUGGGACGGCAGGCCGCACAGGAGAGCCAGUGGCUCCGCCUGCCGUUUCUUCAAAGCCCCAUCCAACUAGAAACUAGAGAAAUGAAAGUUGGUUCUAACAUGCCUUAAGAACAUUAUGGUUUGACCCAAAGACCCACUUUUCUUUAGCUAUUACCAAGUUUGCUUUGCUUUUUUUUUUUUAAACAUUUAUCAAAAGGCAGGGUUUUUUUUAGAUUUAUUUCUUUUAAAGUGUAACUUGUGGGUUCUUUUACGCUGUGGUAGUGAUGGUAACUGAUGCCUUUCCACCGUGAGCUUCCGUGAGACAAGCCAGCAUGUGCUGAGGAGCCUUCGGGGUCUUCCUCCACCACUGAAAGGUGCUCUGAUGCUCCCACCCUCUGCUUUGUAGAGUUGGGGUCUGACCCGGCCACUGCAGCUGCCGUCACUCUCUGUGCUGAAACUACUGAUGCUUGCGUCCCCGCGUUGCCCAAGGGCGUCUGCUCUGUGCUUUCCAGUGUGAGUGUUGCUGGUGAAUGUGAAGCUGCUUUGUCUGCUGCUCGUGGGUUUGUUUGGUUUCCCAGUCCUUCAUCAGUAGCCCCCUGUUAGCACUGGUUAAGCUUUAAUUGUCUCCUCAGCCAAUCAGAUGUUAGACUGUGGGGUCCUUCUGUUUAACUUGUCCUUGUGCAUCCGUUAAUCCUCCAUCAGGGGUUCUAGAAUGGCUGCAGGAGAUUUUGAAAACAGACUUACCAUUAUUGAUUUGGGGGUUCCCAGAGAUACAGUUCACAGUUAAUUGUUGAACUCUAAUACAACUGACCAUUUAAAAUUGAACAACAGUUUAUUGUUUUGUAACAAUGUCGAGUAAGCCCCGACAUUUCAAUUGAAACAUGAAUUGUAGUUAUAACUCAAUGCAAAUUCAACAGUUGUAUUUGGAGUUAAAUUAUUUUAACAAAUAAAUUUAUUUAAUGAAA